UUUUAAAUCAGCCAGGAAGCUGCGAAGAGGACAGAGAAGAAGCGGCAUGGCGGAAACAGAGCAGCAGUCAGGAUCCACUCCUGAGGAUGAAGCACCCGAAUUCACCUACAUGGUGCCAAAGAAAGAGAUCAGCAUGGUGCCUCACAUGGGCAAGUGGAAAAAGUCUCAGGCAUAUGCCGACUACAUGGGCUUCAUUCUGACACUGAAUGAGAGCGUGAAAGGAAAGAAGCUCACAUGUGAUUAUAAAGUGUCUGAGACGGCAGAGAAAUUAGUGGAUCUUUUGGCGACGCUGGACCGGUGGAUAGACGAGACGCCGCCUGUUGAUCAGCCGUCACGCUUCGGUAAUAAGGCCUACAGGACCUGGUACGGCAAACUAGACCAGGAAGCAGAGGCCUUGGUGUCCGCAGUGAUUCCUGCAGACAAACACGCAGCAGCAGCAGAGAUAGCCGUCUACCUGAAAGAGUCCGUGGGGAACUCCACCAGGAUAGACUACGGAACAGGUCAUGAAGCGGCGUUCGCUGCGUUCCUCUGCUGUCUCUGUAAGGUCGGCGCUCUCAAGGUUGAGGAUCAGCUGGCGAUAGUUUUUAAGGUGUUUGCCAGGUAUCUGUCCGUGAUGAGGAAGCUGCAGAGAACCUACAGGAUGGAGCCCGCCGGGAGCCAAGGUGUGUGGGGACUGGACGACUUCCAGUUCCUGCCCUUCAUAUGGGGAAGCUCCCAGUUAGUAGAUCACCCGACUAUGGAGCCGCGGCACUUCCUGGACGAGAAGGUGGUGAACGAGCAUCACUCGGACUACAUGUUUCUGGACUGCAUCAAGUUCAUCAAUGAGAUGAAGACGGGUCCGUUUGCCGAACACUCCAACCAGCUGUGGAACAUCAGCGCCGUUCCGUUGUGGUCCAAAGUGAACCAGGGCCUGAUCCGCAUGUACAAAGCUGAGUGUUUGGAGAAGUUCCCCGUCAUCCAGCACUUUAAAUUCGGCAGCCUGUUGUCCAUCGAGCCGGUGAAACCAUGACUCUCGCAGAAGGGGGGAAUCUACGCUCACAACGACGGGGACAUGCCAGACUCCGGCAGUCGGUCGGGAAAAAAACCCGCCAACGUUUCCCAUUUCUCCGGUAUCCUCACGAGCAAACACGACAGCAGCAACAGUCCAACACAUGUAGUCCUCUUUGCUCAUUGAUGCUUAAAGCUUUGACUUCACCUCAAGAGUUUGGAUCCUCGUCAGGACUCGGUUCUUUCACAGUCACGUGAAGAAUCUUUAAAAACUCCUUAUUUGCUCCAUAGUUUAUGAUCCAGUUUUCCUUUCACAGGCCAAAUAAAUGCAAUCAGCGGCAGAUAUUCCUGCAUUUAAACUUCACACUUCACUUAAAUCAUGAUUGAAACUGAAAUUCGUACUUGAAUAAAAAUGUAUUUGUGCUCUGCGCGUUUCCAC